UUAAAAGUUUCCGCGAAAGCGGACGUUGUGUACUGCUAAUUGUUGGUGAUUAAAAGCAACGGUUGUUGUGUCAGUUUAAAAUAUCGCAUAGUGAUUUACGCUUUUUAAAAAUGUAUUAUUCAUUUUAUUUGCACCAAGAUAUGUUUUAAUUGUCUCAUUUUUGCGAAGUGGGUUAUGAUCAGGCACGACACGACGAGAACGCCGGAGGUUCGCGCAGGUCCAGUGGGCCAGGAGCAGGAUCAUUAACACUCAGCUGUUUUGCGGGAGAACCGACGAUGAAUACCCCCCUUAAGUCCUUCAACUCUCCGGAUCGCCUCUGUACUCCUCAGAAGAGCCUUGGCUUCCUGAAGGGCCGAAAACCCCGAAGAGUGCCGCUCUCUAAGGAGAAUAAUAUGGACACGGCAGCGCAGGACUCACGAACCCGGCGACGUUCUCAGUCCAUAACACCACUGAUUUCGAAGGCCCAUGACAAUUUAAUGUCGAAUUUAGACGCCAAUAAUAGCGGGUUGUCUGAGAAGGCUGUCAGUCCCAAUCUUGCCAUGUUAAAACUGACACCAGGUCCCAGUCUACAAGAGCGGCAGAAGCUGCUGCAGGAGAAGCACCAGAGAGCGAAGGAAAGUGUGGACAGUUUGGCAGUGGGAGGGGGCGUCAGUCUAUGGCCUGAAAUGAACAGCAUGCGACUCUCUGCCAAGGAGGGCAUGGUUCUGAGUUUCUCCUGCAUGGCCGUGACCCUUUCUGCAUCCCUCCUCUUCAGAUACUUACAUGGAUCCCUGCUGCACAGCAUACAACUCUACACGGCAACUGUGGACAGGUUCUCUGCAGCCCACCCAGUUAUGCGCUGCUCCCAGUCUGCCCUCAACAGCACCCUGUUUGCCUGGCAUACCCAUUUCUUACAGCUGUUGGAUGAUAUCAAGAAGCAGUUUGAAACUCAGCUUCUACAAGCACACUCUACCUAUCUGCUGUACCUCCUGCUGUAUAUUAGUGCUAUUGGCACUCUGCUAUAUUACCUGGCAGAUAACAUGAUCAAGAAAAGCAAGCUCACUCCCAGGAGGAUUAAAGUGUGGGUUCUUUUGCUUGUUGCCACGGCAUCCUGGACUUUACUGAUGCUGCGUCUGCUGGUAUCAUAUCAGCGGCUGGAACAGUCCAUAGAGGAGACAGUCCGCAAGCUUCUUGAUGAGCUGGUUCACCUUGCAACGUUGGACUUAAAUCUGAAGAUGUACCACAAUGUUGCCACCUACUGGAAGGAGCGUUGUCUGCCACCUCUAAGUAGAGGUACCCUGAGUGUGUUUGGCAUGAUGCCGGUGAGGGAGGUGUUCUACUAUCUGCACUACUACAGUGUGCCUGUCCUGACGGCCCUGUGUACCCCGAUCCUGCAGCUUCUGCUGGCUUUGAAGGAAAUGUAUAUGGGUCCAGUCAAAGCUUAUCCUAGGAGUAGAUUAAAGGGGAGCUAGCCAUGAUUGUUUCUCUAUGGCCAUGAAUUCAUUCAGCAUGCCAGUCAGAUAAAUUAACAGGAAAUGCUAUUUAAUGUCCAGAUUUGAAGAUUGUUUUCUUACAGAUUGAAGGAGAAUGCUUGAACUAAACUUGAGAACACAACAUAAUGGUUUCACAAAAAUGUUAUUGUGUCAUAUGGAUGAUUUUGUGGGUUUAGGUUACAUUAUACUUUGCAAAUCUGAUUAUUACCACAGUUAAAACCUGAAUGUUGAAAUACUAUACAUAUUAAACUAUCCUGAUAUUUGUCCUUGUUUUUAUUUA